CGUACCCCUUUCAGAUAAUUUAAAAUAUUUCAUUAUGAUAAAAUAUUUAACCGGAAUUAACGCAUCAUUACUAUUAUUGUUGUUUAAUUAAUUACUUUUGUAAAUGGUAAUAACCAUUGUAAACAUUUUGUUUGAAUUUAGGUUAGGUCGUUGGCUGAAAGAUGCUCGAGUUCGAACAGAUGAAAGAAUGGUUGAUAACAUACGAAUAUCCUCACAUACAAAUCAAAGAUGUUGACCAAAUCGCCGAUAUAUUUCACGCCUCUAACAGAAAGUUUCUGGUCACAUGGCUGCUACACAAAAUCAAUCCAGAAUUUGAAUUAGAUGAUCACGAAGACCUGGUGGAUCUUAUAGGGUGUUACGGGUAUUGGUCUAAUGACCAGAUAAAUGGAUUUCUGUCGGGCGAUUUGGAUGUAGUUGAAACUAUGGAUAUUCUAUAUAGACUAUUCUCACAUAUGAAUAACGCGAGUUCCCCAAAAAUUUUGGAGGACGGCGUCUCUGAACUGGGCCUGAAUCUUCAAGAUCUGAGUGUACUGGAUUCAACUGAUGUAAACAUAUUUCCUUCCCUGUAUAAUCACCUUAAGAUGUCUUCAGCAGAAUUUGAUCAAGAUGAAUCUCAAUCCAGUAGUAAAUGUGAUACUCUCAUAGACACAAUUGUAGAAGAAACAGAAGAGUCUAAAUUUGACAAAUCUGUGGUGAAGACCAAGCUGCAAAACAUUGAUAAUUUGAUAGAUGUGAUUGAGUUGCUGUUGCCAGAUGCACUGUCAUGUGCUGACCGUUAUUCCAAAUGGGUAAAUUUUAAUGAGACUAGGAAGAUGGAACUAGAGUCUAAUAUACUUGAAAAGUUCAACACUAAUCUUGAAAAUAUAGUUAUGUUCUUUGAGAAUUUAAAGACAAUUACGGAAUUUAUUAAUAAGAUGCCAGAAGAAUCCAGUUCCAAAGAUGAUACGCUGAGAUUUCAAAUGACAAACAAAAAUAGUUAUUCAAUUGGAAUUUUGUCAGCUUGUUUUAAUAUACUGUUGGAUAAAGAUCAUCACGAUUUUUUAGAUUUAGUGUCAUAAUUUAAAUUAUGAGAUGGAUCUUAUACAAUGGUCUUUUACUACAAAAAAAAAUUAGUUGGAAUACAAUGUUAAAGACGUAUUUAUUUCUUUGUAUCUCUACUUGCUACACUAUCUCAAUAUUGAAAAAAAUUAAGAGUUCAAUGAUACAGAAUGUAAUAAACAUGUAAUUAAAUUUUAUUAGAAUACUACUUAGACUUAAGUGUUUUGAAAAAAGGUUUUUUAAAAUUUUGAUUCUAAAAUUUUGUAAUUUACACUAAAAAAAUACAAUUUAAUUUAAUUUGCUGGAGUCCAAAAGUUAGUUUUAAAAAAGUAUUUUUAGAAUUGAACUUAUUUUGACUUUUUAAUGUAAAAAAUCAACUGUGAUUUUGUCUUCAAGAAAAUUUCAUAUUGUACACAUAGAAAUUGUUAUUGGAAAUAAUUUAAAAACCAAAAAAACAAAUAUUUGUCAUUCUGUAACUUGAUUCUCUACAAGACUAUUAUCUACUACCUAAAGA